AACUGAAACGUAGCCAGCGGCUUUACGCAUGACUUCCCCGUGCGUGCCGUCUUUAUGCCAAUAUCCUCCCGGUCACACUGCCUGGCACUGACGCAUGGAAAUCCCAAAAUCAGAGCAAAUACAGGCAAAAAAAAACUAAAAUCAGUUUGUGUUCAGAUUAUUUUUUUUAACGAAAGAAAGAAAGGCUUAAAAUGUCAAGAGGCGCGCGCGCUUUGGUUUGCUUGACUUGGAGGAUGAGGUGCUUAACCUCCCUCCUGCCAGUUCUGCAUGGUCAUGACCUGUCAUCACGCCCCUUCCACAGCCCACCUCAUCCUAUUGGUCCUGCUCAUUGUCACUCCACAGCUGGCUGGCACCGCCCCUGUGUUGGGUGAGGGAGGGGAAGGAGGGGUGGAGGGGCGCACCCGGAGGGACCAUAAAGAGGACAGCCUCGCCCCCUUCCUCUUGCCCCCAUCCCAAAGUCCACCCGGCCCUGAGAACGCCUCCUCAGACAGGAGCGGAGGUCCAGGUCAAGAUAAACAAUCAGAUAAAGCCACGGACACUGCGCAGGUGCUCGCCGUGCUUUUGGAGGCCCUGGACCAAACGGGGGAGAGUGGAGGCCAGCUGAGCAGCAAAACAGGCUGGGGAGCAGAACAGAGUUGGGGGCUGCCCUCCGUCCAAGGGUUGGAUGGUGGCAUGAUAAGGAGAACAGGACAGACAGAGGGAGACAGGAGGCUGGAGGAGAUGAGAGAAGGGAGAAGGGCUGAUAAGGCGAUUGAACAGCUAAUUGUGGGCCGUUUGACAGCUGACUUCAACGAAAGGGAGGAGAAUAAAAAGACAAGGUCAGAGGAGGAUCCAGGCUGGUCAGUGGAGGAUAAGGAACCAGAUAGUGUAAGUGAGAAGGAAGGGAAAGAAGAAGAAGAAGAAGAAGAAGAAGAAGAAGAAGAGGGACAGGAUGAAGGAAAUUAUUUAGAAAGGUUCUCAGACGAUGCCAGACCAAGUUCCACAGCACAGGGAGUCGGUUCCUCUCUGCAGCGCAAAAUACGAGGCUACUUCCAGAACAUUGACUUGGGUCUCCAAGAUAAUGAGAUCCUGCCUCCACUGAAGGGCUACAAGGCGUACAACACUCAGCUGGCACAGGCUGCAAAGAAGCUGCACUGGAAGGACAACGCUGCCGGCAACCGAGCCGCCAAGGGAGGCAACUUCAUGGAUGAUUUUGAGGAUGAGGGAGAGGAGCUGGAGGAGGAGGUAGAGGAAGAAGAGGAGACCCUUUCCCACAUGGAAGAGGAGGCGAGGGCUCGUGCUGAGAAACAGGAGGUGCUCAGGCAGCAGGAGGAGGCAGAGCGAGCAAGAGAGGAGGAGCAGAGGUUGGCAGACAUUGCCUCUGACAUGCUACUGCAGUACAUGGGCAGGAAGCAGCAGUCGUACAUGAAGCCCCGCGAAAAAAGCAGCAUGGGCGCUGCAGGCAACACUGCCGAGGACAAGCGCUCCGAGGAGGUCCUCCCAGAUGAAGAUGACCUAGACCAGCAAAUGAUUGACAGGCUCAUUGAGAUCAGCAGCAAGCUGCACCUGCCUGCUGAUGAUGUGGUUGAGAUUAUUAGUGACGUGGAGGAGAAGAAGAAGAAAAGGAAAGAGCUGCAGCAGCAGCCGAUCAACAGCAACCCUGUGGCUCCACGCUUCAGGCCUCUGGUGCCUCCUCCUCUGGCAGCUCCGCCCAUCUACCACUACACAGCCUCAAAAAACCCCAAGAAAAACCCCUACAAGUACAACAAGUCCAACAAGAAGUGGCACAAGGACAAAGUCAAAUCAUACAAACAGGAAUAUUGGUACAAGCCUCAGAAGCAGCUCGAUUAUUGGUAUAAACCGCAGAAACAGUUUUUGGCCUUCCCUUCCUAUCCAUACUACCAGAAGCCAUAUCGUGCAUACUACCCCGUUUAUUUCCCAUAUCCCAAAGCACAGUAUUAUGGCAAGCCCGCCCCCUCCAGAGAGGAGCUGUUCGGCCCUCAGGAACUUGACCUCCAGGCCCCGAGGCGCAGACACAGGGGCGGGGGUAAGAACCGUGGACAGGGCUGGAGGCAGCAGCCACCGCCGCGCCUGCCCCUCACACCUUAUAUCUCUAACUAUAUCCUUCCUCACCCACGGACCUACCAACCCUUACCCCCUCCCAAACCAGUAACCCCGCCCAGGAGAGGCAGGCCUUCCCCGUAUUACUACCCACAAAUCACACCGGCAGAUGACUAUGAGGAGGACGGGCUGGUGCCUCAGGUGGACAGUGAGGAGGAACUGGAGAAUUUUAUUGAGCGGAUCUACAUGAAGCGCAGAAUGUACUGAGAGACUUUUUUGGACAUUUGUCAGAUCAGAGGGACAGACAGUCAGACAGACAGACAGACAGACAGACAAAGGGGGGAUAGAAGAAAAGCCAAAAGAGAAGUAAAAAAAAAAAGACUCAGAGGAGGUGUGGGUUUUGAGCCUGAGGGAAACUUAAAGGACAAGAAGUGAAAGGUUAAGAUUUCUGUUGUUUAAAUCACUGUUUUUUUUGUUGAUUUUCCUCAGUCAGGGAGAGGAUGGAGGGCUUUGACUUUCAGCUCCCUGUCACCAUGUUCAGCCUCCUGCUCAGUUUACAUUAUGAAACAGAACAUACCAUAGUGUAUGUCUGCCGCCAUUCAGGUCCGUCUCUGAUGCUCUUGCAUUCGUCAGAGAUUUAUACACACACACACACACACACGUUUACAACAUCCAUCUGUACUUUCUGUCCGAUGCCUUGUUGUUUUUCAUCUUAUCUGCACAAACAUGACAAACUGAACACUGUUGACAGAAUGUUUUUGUCGUGCGUGUGAAUCGUGUCAAAGGUUUUACAACACCCCUCACUUAUCCAGGCUUUAUUGAUAUUUCAGCACGGGAAUCGAGUAAAUGUCGAAAGAAAACGGUGAAAAGUGAAAGAUCAUGGGAAGUUAACAGAGAAAAAUCAAUUUACCAGAAUUACGAAAUUGGUUAAAAGUCGAUGCAAACAAAUAUGAGAGUGUCCUAACUUUUGUUGAUGACAAACCUUAAUCAAAGGAAUUUCAACUUUGAGAAGAACUGGACAGAAGGUGAAAGAAUUGUCAAACGAACGCUGAUGCUGAUGCAGAUUUUACAUUUAAGGUCAAAGUUUUCCAUGAUUUUUAUUGGUGUUUCUUUACUCCUAUUGACAGCUGUAUUGUUGUUUUUUCAGUAACUCCUGGAGAAACUGAGGUGUUGUAGAACAUUUGACCUGUGGUGUUGUUGCCUUUCUUACUCCCAAUUAGACCAAUUUACAAAGAUACACACAUUUUUAGUUUUUUUAAAAUGAAAAAUUCAAAAGAGUUUGAUUUCUUCCUUACGGUUCUACAUUCAUCGCUGCAGUCCCAGAGAAACCCUGAGGACUCCAAAAGCACAAACUCAAACAACACUUCCAACCUGGUGGACUAAGGGUUUUUGGGCUAAUCAUUUUGAGAUUACAUACAUAUAUAUAUAUAUAUAUAUACAUAUAUACAUAUAUACAUA